AUGGAAUCCUACAAGGAGCUCACUUGCGAGUUCUUGGCUUCAAUGAGGUACCACAUGUACGAUGAGGAGGAUAGAGCUGAUUUGGACCAAGGAUUGGGAUGGAUCACGUUCUUGGCUAAGGGAGAGAAGAGAAUGGUGACCUUUAGGCAGUUGGAGAUCUUGUUUGGGUUCAACUAUGGAGAAGGGAUUGAGUGGAACUUCAAGGAAAAGGAACUCCAAAGGGUUUGGGCUACAAUCGCUGAUGGAGGAAGGCAACCGGGACAAUCAACGAGGGGGAACUCAAGCUUUCUUGACAUGGGAAUCAAGCCCAUCUCUCACGCACAAGCGAUGGCAAGAGGAUCAGGGGAGAUAGUCCACACAGGGAACUUGAUGCCUUUCCUUGACCACCUCCUCACCUACAAGACACGCCUACAACACUCGCAUCAACAAGGGAGAAGCUAA